AUGACCGACACGGCAUUUGACGCUUCGGAUCAAGAGCAGGUGGAAUUAUCGACCGCAAAUGAACAAGUGCAGGAGGUGUUCGAUCUCCAUCACUACAAACCGCUUAAAAAGUAUUUAACGACGCUCGGAUUGAAUCCGUUCAAUGAGACUUGGGGUAGCAAGAUCGGUGCGAAUGUGAUGUUCUACACCUUAAUCCUAGGCAUUACACCACUGUUCAUACAGUUAUGUGUCGUAAUCCAAGACACAGAUGUAGAUGCAAUAAUCGACGAAUUACCCCAUUUACUUCUAGCCGUUUUUAAAAUAUUGCUAAAUUUUAUUCUGAACGAUUGGGUGAUGCUGACGAGAGAACUACCGGUGCUAGAGAAAGCUACUGCGCAGGGGAGUAGACUUGCACGGUUCUACAGAGUCACCUUAAUCUUAGCUGCACUAGUCUUCAUAUACAUUCCCUUAAUAAAUCCAACACUGGAUUUAAUAAUGCCUAUCAAUGGAACUCGACCGAAGCAACAACUAUUUGGUGCAUGUUACGUAUUUGUAGAGGCUGAUGAUCAUUUUGCCGCUGUAUUUCUACAUUUGGGUUGGACCACAUUCGUGACGGUCUAUAAUGUCUCUAUCGUUGAUUCGUUAUACAUACUAAUCAUUCACCACGUUUGUGGAUUGUUUGACGUGUGCGGAUAUCAGAUUGAAACAGCAACACAAGACCCUGAAAUGCGGUACGAUCAGUUCAAGCAAUGCGUGAUGACUCAUCAUAAAGCUCUGCUGUUUUUCGACAAACUACAGGAAUGUAGCCAGAAUAUGUUUCUUUUGCUGGUUGCGUUGAACAUGACGCUCAUCAGCAUGACAGCCGUGCAAAUACUUAUGCAUAUAAAUCAACCUCUGGACAGUGCCAGAUUCAUUCUGUUCUUUCUGUGCGCACAAUUUCAUUUGUACAUCGUCAGCCUAUUCGGGCAAAUCAUACUGAACCACAGCACAAUAUUAGCAGAAAGAAUGUAA